AUGGCCACAGGGAUUGUGAUCCAGAACUGCGACAUAGUCCCGGAGGAGGCUCUGUACCGUGCUAGGUUUAAAGUGAAAUCGUACUUGGGGAGGCUGUGGAAGCGUUACUCAAGAACAGUCGUUAUGGAAUCGAACAUUGGUGACUUUAUUCGGCCAGAAGGGUGGAGUGCUUGGGAUGGGAACCAGAAUCUUGGCACGUUGUACUAUGCUGAGUACGCUAAUGUUGGAGCAGGUGCUAACUUUACAGAAAGAGUUAAUUGGAAGGGUUACCAUUGUAAUAUUAGUGUGGAUGAAGCUGCGAAAUUCACUGCUGAGCAAUUUCUUAGAGCUGGACCUACUGGAAGAGCUGAUUGGUUAAAAGCUACGGGCAUUCCUUUAUUCCCUAGUUUCAUCAGCACCAGACCUUGA